CAGGGUGAUUUCAACUUGAGUGACGCAUCCUACCACAAAAACGAUCUUUUCCGUGACGCACAUUUCGCGGGAGACUCGGUUGGUGAAGCUGAACACGGACGAGGUGAAGAUGAGUAAAAAAGAAAACGGUGCACCGGUAAUACUCGCCUAUUUGAAUGAGAAGAACCGGCCAUACAGCGCCCAGGAUGUCUUCUGUAAUCUACAAAAGCAGCACGGGUUGGGCAAAACUGCAGUGGUCAAAGCCAUGGAGCUACUGGCUCUCGAGGGCAAGAUAAAGGAGAAAACAUAUGGCAAGCAAAAGAUAUAUUUUGCGGAUCAGGCCCAGUUCACAGAUGUGAGCGACACAGACCUGAAGGGGAUGGACAGUCAGAUCUCGGAGCUCGCUGCAGAGGCUCAGUCCCUCACGCAGAGCUGCAAACAGUUAGAUGCAGAGCUAAAGGAGCUCAACAGCUCCCUGACAGCAGAGGAAAUGAAGUCAGAGAUCCAAGAGCUGAAAGCAGAGUGUUCUGGGUACAGAGCGCGCCUGGAGAAGAUAAAGACGGCGACGAAUCACGUCACACCUGAAGAGAAAGAGAAGGUUUACAAAGAGCGGACAGUUUACGUGAAAGAGUGGAAAAAGAGGAAGCGAUUGGCUUCCGACAUGAUAAAUUCGAUCCUGGAGGGAUAUCCUAAGAGCAAGAAGGAGUUCCUAGAUGAAGUCGGAGUCGAGACGGACGAGGACAACAAGGUGGUUGUUCCGAGUACUUGAGAGAAGCUUGUUCUGCUCCUUCAUCAUAAGCCUUUAGAUUACACGUCAGAACAACCUGGGCCACGGCACAUUUUAUUUAAAGCCUUUCUUUUGAACAAAUUAUACAGGUUGAUAAAAGGCUACUGGAACAACAGCUUUUUUAUAGAAUAUUUAUACACUAUGUAUUGUCGUUACAGCACUCAGGGAUGCCCUACAUGUCUAGAAUGAAAAUGGCAAUUACUUCAUUCACUAUUAUAUUCUUUGUUCUUAUGUUUGUUGUUGUUUCUGCCAUGUGUUUAGAAAACUGUUAAAAGAAAAGCCCAUAUUUUAUUAAACAUUGACGGUUAUUCACAUUCCAUUUUUCCCUUUGUGCUGUUUUUCAUUCAGUGUUGGGGCACAUAUGGUAAAGUUAUUUUAUUUUCACAACAUGAACAUUUGAUGCUGAGAAUUUCUUACAACACAAUCAAACUCAUGGUUUUCUCAGUUUUCUUAAAAACACUGGAGGUUUUUUCGGGGUCAUCAGCUGCAGAGACUGAGGCCACUGUUUACCUGCUCACUUUAUUUUCAAAAUGUAUUUUGCGCAGAUACUUUUUUUUAUUUACAGGUUAAAAACACUCUCAAUUGUCAUAUACACGGGGUGGCCAAUCUAUUGGGUGCACUUGUAAAAUCUAAUGUCAUCCAAUAUAAAAAGUCUUUACAAGGAGGUUGUAUUUUCACCACAGUCUGUUUAUCAGCAGGAUUAUGUUUAAAACUACAGAAAAUAUUCCACAGAACUUCGAUCCAGACAAAGGGGCAGAUCCAUGAGUUUUCUUUUCCCUUAUCUUUAAAUUCUUUUGAGAUUUUUGCCAAUCUCUCAGGGAAUAGUUAAUGGAUUUUGCUGGAAAAUAAAUCAUAUUUAUAUGGACUGAAAUCUGAGUGUGUAGAAUUGGUUGCAGCUUAAUUGAAUUUCAGGCGACGGGCCUGUCAGAUUAUUUUAACUCAUAGUGGUUAUGGUGUUGCACUGGACUGUGUUCUGUUUAAACCUGUAAAGUAAAAACACCUCAAACUCAGUUCAACACCACUUCCAACUACAACCUCAACAAUAAUCAUUUAUUUAUAUCAUUACUUCUUGAUAGUAUCAUCACAAUUACUUGACAUUAUUAUUGUAAGCAAAGGCAGAGCUGGUGUAUUGAAUCAUGAUUGAUUCCAAAGGCAAACCUCAUGAAGUCACCUGUGAGUGUAAAUGGCUUUUGUACAACUACUGAAAGAAAACCACCAGAGAUCUGUUUCCCUGUGAAUAAAGAAACAACAGAAAAGUAACUACAGAAACAAAACUAUUUAAAAAUCUGAUUUGUCAUCUUAGAAAUCAACUGUUUCCAUUCGUUGCAGAUUGUCUGUAGAUCUAUGUUUGGACUGUUCAGGAUCUCUCCUGGAACCUGUGACUGGUGUUAACAGUCCUGAAUAGUAAAAUAUAAAAGCUUUUCUAAUCACGGACAAAUGCUAUCACAUAGUUUCUACUGUUACUCAGCACAAAAGCCACUGUCACCGACAAUAAACAGCAUUUACAAUGUUUGUAUGAAAACAACAGAACUUUCUUAUGAUUCAGGAUAAAAA